AUGGAGAAGAAAAGGGAUUUAACAUCGCUUUAUUGCGCCUGGAUCGUCAUUAAUUUCGCUCUCUCUGAUGACUGGACUCAUCUCCACACUGAGGACGAUCUCUUCAGGAGUUUGUUCGGAGGUUAUAGUAAGUGGACGCGUCCGGCGAGGAACGUCACCGAUGUGGUCAUCGUGAAGUUCGGCCUCUCCAUCGCUCAGCUCAUAGACGUGGAUGAAAAAAAUCAGAUGAUGACGACAAACGUUUGGCUGAAACAGGAGUGGACGGACUACAAGCUGCAGUGGACUCCCUCAGACUUCGACAACGUGACGUCCAUCAGAGUCCCCUCUGAGCUCAUCUGGGUGCCUGAUAUCGUCCUCUACAACAAUGCAGACGGGGAGUUCGCCGUCACCCACAUGACCAAAGCCCACCUGUUCCACACUGGUCGAGUCCGCUGGGUCCCCCCGGCCAUCUACAAAUCCUCAUGCUCCAUCGACGUCACCUUCUUCCCGUUUGAUCAGCAGAGCUGCAAGAUGAAGUUUGGAUCAUGGACUUACGACCGCGCCAAGAUCGACCUGGAGCCGAUAGAAGACACGGUGGACCUGAAGGAUUACUGGGAGAGCGGAGAGUGGGCAAUCGUCAACGCCGUAGGAACCUACAACACCAAAAAAUAUGACUGCUGCCACGAGAUCUACCCGGACAUCACCUACUACUUCGUCAUCCGCCGCCUCCCGCUCUUCUACACCAUCAACCUCAUCAUCCCGUGCCUCCUCAUCUCCUGCCUCACCGUCCUCGUCUUCUACCUGCCGUCAGACUGCGGCGAGAAGAUCACGCUGUGCAUCUCCGUGCUGCUGUCGCUCACUGUCUUCCUGCUGCUCAUCACGGAGAUCAUCCCGUCCACAUCGCUGGUCAUCCCGCUCAUUGGCGAGUACCUGCUCUUCACCAUGAUCUUCGUCACGCUGUCCAUCGUCAUCACCGUGUUUGUGCUCAACGUGCACCACCGCUCGUCAGCCACUCACAGGAUGCCGCGGUGGGUCCGGAAGCUUUUCCUGACUGCGGUGCCUCGGUGGUUGUGCAUGAAGCGUCCAGUUCACAGGCGGCGUCUCCUCGCGGAUAAACUCCCCCUUCGGACCUCAGGACGCUCCCGCUUCACCUCCACGUGGAUCACUCAGGAGUCAGACAUCGAUCUUCAUGGUUACGAGAAUGAAAACUUCUGCCACAGCAGCCACCGGUUGGACAUCCUAGACACAGGAGAUAAAAUCAAAUACUGUGAUCUUCACAGCUACAAAAACACGGAUCAUUUCAGGUUGAAGAUAGCAAGUCGACAGAGGAUUUCUUCCCUCUCGCCUCCAUCCACUCGAUGUCUCAGUUACACCAUCCUCCCACAGAGACAGUCCACCUUCAGCUUGGACUGGGACAGCCCUCCUGUGGAGCAGGGGACAAUCCAGAGCACACCGGCCACUGUUCUGUCUCCUGCGGUGGUUUCAGCCUUAGAGGGGGUCACCUACAUCGCUGAGCAUCUUAGAGCUGAGGACGCAGACUUCUCAGUGAAAGAGGAUUGGAAGUACGUGGCAAUGGUGGUUGACCGGAUCUUCCUCUGGAUGUUUAUCAUCGUGUGUCUGCUCGGGACAAUCGGACUCUUUCUGCCCCCGUGGCUCUCUGGGAUGUUUUAG